CACCCAGGAAGACAUGUCCAGUCUAACUCCAGACUCUUCUCCAGAACUGGCGAAGAAGUCGUGGUUCGGUAACUUCAUAAAUCUGGAGAAAGAGGAGCAGAUCUUCAUCGUUAUCAGAGACAAACCUCUGAACUCCAUCAAGGCCGAUAUCGUGCACGCCUUCCUCUCCAUCCCCAGCCUGAGUCACAGCGUCAUCUCUCAGACGAGUUUCCGGGCGGAGUAUAAAUCGUCCGCCGGGCCGACAGUUUUCCAGAAGCCGGUGAAGUUCCAGGUGGACAUCACCUUCACGGAGAGCAGCAGCGCCACCAAGGACAACGGCAUCUACUCCGUCACCUUCACCCUGCUCUCAGGUCCAAGUCGACGUUUUAAGCGCGUUGUUGAGACGAUUCAGGCCCAGCUGCUCAGCUCCGACCAGCCCGGCAUCCAGCCUCAGAUAGCUGAUGGCUCUCAGCGCUCAGCCUCUUUUUCCGGUAAACCCUCAAAGCGUGGUAAGACCCAGAGAGAAAACUCCUUAAAUAAAAUAACUCUGGCUUUUAACACACACUGGCAACGUCAUGGACCGUCCAACACACCCUGCACUAACCAGCAGUUCAGAGAUGGAGACAUCAGGAGGGUGGCGGAGGAGGAGAGGAAACACACUGAGGGUGGAGCACAAAAAGGGGAGAGCACAUGA